AUGAAUGCUGGAGGAUUUGGUGAGAGGGAGGUGGCCCUCAUUGCUGAUGAACUGAGUCGAGCUGUGGAGCUCACGCUCAACCCCACAGUAGCUCAUGAUGACAGAAAACAGGCCUACACUGCUUGUGAGAGCUUCAAGGAAAACUCACCAUGGUGCGCUCAGGCAGGUCUACUGUUGGCCAGUGGAGCUCAUUACUCGCCUGUAGUUAAACAUUUUGGUUUACAAUUGAUGGAACACACAGUCAAGUACAGAUGGACUCAAAUAACUCAAGCUGAAAAAAUUUUCAUCAAGGAAAAUGCAAUGAAAUUGCUGUACAUGGGGGGGUGGGAGACUGGUCACCUGAAUGAUGCAUUAGCUAGAGUAAUUGUUGAAAUGAUAAAGAGAGAAUGGCCACAGCAAUGGCCAACCUUGUUGUCUGAACUCAGCGAUGCCUGCAGUAGAGGUCACCUUCACACUCAGAUUGUGUUGCAUGUCUUCUUGAGACUGGUGGAGGAUGUUGCCACCUUACAGACAUUAGAGCAACACCAGCGCCGGAAAGACAUAUACCAAGCGUUGACAAGUAAUAUGGCUGAGAUUUUUGCGUUCUUCAUGCGUCUUAUUGAAUUACAUGUGCAAGAAUUUAGAGAGAAAACAUCAUCAGGAGAUUAUGUGGGUGCAGCUAGCAACGGCAAAGUUGUUCAGGUUGUUUUGUUAACAUUAACUGGUUUUGUGGAAUGGGUGUCUACAAACCACGUGGUAACAAACAACGGAAGACUGCUACAGAUACUGUGUAUCUUGUUGAAUGAUGAUGUGUUUCAACUGCCCGCUGCGGAGUGCUUGCUGCAAGUCGUGAACAGAAAGGGUUCGACAAAAGAGCGGAAACCUUUAAUGAUAUUAUUCAGUGAAGACGCAAUCUCGUGCAUCCACCGCGCCGCAGUGCAGAGCAUCGCCGCAGUCGACGAGCCUCACUACUUGUUCCUGAAGAAACUUUCACAGGUGUUAGCUGGCCUAGCUCAGCAACUCACCUCAUUAUGGAAUUGUACGACAAAUGUGGAGUCUUGGCUACCAUUACUUCUAGAGACAAUGCUUCUCAUGAUGUCGCACCCGUCGCUUACCCUAGCUCAAACAGCCAAUUCAGUGUGGUUGGCUUUCCUCAAACAUGAACACAUAUCGAAAUUACCGCCUGUACUGGCAAUGGUCCCGAGAUGGUUACAAGCUGCUGCUCCUAAAAUUCUCAAGGUGACGUACCCGUCAUCACGAGUGAGCGGCGCUAACGACACAGUGGCUUACGCUUGCAUGGAUUAUGACAGCGAACAAGAAUUUGCUAUUUUUUUCAGUCGUAGUCGAACUGAAAUACUAGAAAGUUUUAGAUACUGUAUGAUAGCGGCCCCAUUGGUUACAUGGUCGUUUGUCGAACAGUGGACCCAAACUGCUCUUGACAAGGUGGACUCGUGCCCACUGCAACUUGAAGUUACGCAUCCCUUACAUGUGGAGUGGGAGGCAUUGGCACAAGUGCUGGACACGGUGCUGUCGCGGCUGCUGCAGGCGGAGCCGCGGCCGGCGCCGGCGGCGGGGCUGCGGCUGCUGGCGCGCUGCGUGGCGUGCGAGCCGCGCGCGCCGCUCGCGCUGUCGCUGCUGCUGUCCUUCGUGUCCGCGCUCUUCGUGUUCCUCAGCUGCGCCUCCAGCCAGCUGGCCGGGCCGGGCGUGGGGUCGGCGGCCGCGGAGCUGCUGCCGCGCGUGCUAGACAAGAUCUUCGCGGCGCUGGUGUACGAGGGCACGCCGCCCGAGGGCCGCGCCAGCCGCAACGUGAAGAAUGUGCGCCGCCACGCCGCCGGCCUGCUCGUCAAGCUCGGGUUCAAGUAUCCCUUACUACUGCUGCCUGUAUUUCCAAGGCUUCACGAAUUAAGUCAAACGGCGCUUGCGCGCCCCGAUCUCAGCGCCGUCGAAAGUGUUACAUUACAAGAAGCUCUACUACUCAUCUCCAAUCAUUUUUGUUGCUACGAGCGCCAGAGCGCUCUUGUCGCACAGGUCCUCGGCGACUGCAGGGAGCGGUGGGCGGCCCUGAGCCCGCACCUGCAGUCGGCGGCGGGGCUGGCGCGCCUCGUGGGGCUCGACGCGCCGCCCACGGACGACGACCCCGAGCGCGCGCAGGCGCGCCGCACGCUGCUGCACGCGCUCACACUCACUCUCGGCGUCGUGAAGCGCACGCAGGUGCCCGCCGACCCGGACAAGGCGGCGCGCGGCGGGUUCGGCGCCGGCGUGACGGCGGCCGGCAACCCGGUGUGGCGCAACCCGUGCGGCGCGCACGUGCUGCCGCUGUUCCCCGCGGCGCUGGCGCUGGCGCGCGCGCUGCACGAGCUGCACGCGCCGGGCGCGGCGGCGCUGCGCCACCCGGCGCACGCGCGCGCGCUGCAGCCGCCGCCCGCCGAGCGCCGCAACCUGCUGGGCCUGCGCGACGACGCGCCGCCCGCGCCGCCCGCCGCGCCGCAGGACCGCAUGCAGAACCUGCUGCACACGCUGCACGACAACGUGUGCCAGCUGGUGGGCGCGGCGGCGGCGUCGCUGGGCCGCGAGCUGUACGGCGCGGCGGGGCUGGCGCGCGCGCUGGCGACGGCGCUGCUGGGCGCGCCCGAGCGCCUGCCCGACCACUGGCUGCGCCGCGUGCUGCGCGCCGCGCUGCGCCCGCUGCUGCUGCACUGCCCGCCCGCGCACUACGCCGACGUGGCGCUGCCGCUGCUGCAGCACCUCGCACCCACACUACUAGUCCACCUAAACCAACGCUGGGAGUAUGUGACGUCACUGUACGAGUCUGGCAAGUUAGAGGAGGAGGGUGGGAGUGAAUCUCAAGAAGUCCUCGAGGACAUGCUUGUGAGGCACCUCACUAGGGAGUACCUGGAACUACUUAAGGUAUCUCUGGUUGAGGGCGGCAUCAGUAGUGAGCCGUCCGUGGACAUGGAUGAUGAGAGCCCACCCCCUAACCCCGGCCGCGCGCCCGAACAAGUCUCCGAGCUCGGCGCGCUCAUACUGGCCGACCGCGUCGCCGGCCCCGCCGUGCUGCACACGGUCCUGCGCGCGCUGACGUGGAACGACUCGACGUCGUCGCUGCGCGCGAGCGCGCUGGCGCUGCCGGCGCUGCGCGCGGCGCUGGGCGCGGGCCGCGUGGGCGCGGGCGAGGCGCCGGGCGCGCUGGCCGCCGUGCUGCACGCGCUGCGCCUGCACGGCCAGCACGACGCCAACCAGGCCGCGCUGCUGGCGCUCGCCGUGCAGACGUACGAGGCGCUGCGGCCGCGCUUCCCGGGCGUGGCGUGCGUGCUGCGCGCCAUCCCCGACGUGGACGCGCACGACCUGCAGCGCCUGGACGACAAGCUGGCCGCGCCCGCCGGCAAGCCCGCCAAGAUCGACAAGAGCAAGCGCGACCUCUUCAAGAAGAUCACCGCCCGGUUGAUUGGGCGAAAUGUAGGACAGCUGUUCAAGAAAGAAGUAUUUAUAUUAGAUUUGCCCACUAUGAACAUACCUAAGGAGAAACCGCGAAGUGCACUGGAUUCAGCGGAGGGCACCGGACUAGAAAACCUAUUUAAUAAUACCAACGCGCCGACAUAGCGAAGAUAUGCUUAAAUGCAUUCGAGUUAAAUUUUAAUAUAAGCGGACCCAUGCGAACGUGAUGGUUAAUUUUAAUUUUUUGUAUCUGAUAGAUACAGUAAGUUUAUAUUUGUAUGUAUAUUUUAUACUCAAUUAUUUUUUUGUUUUCUCAUAUUUAAAUUUCAGUUUAUAUACAACAAUUUUAAAGUUUUAACUUUGUGUCUGUUGAUUCACGGUCGCUUGGAAUCCUCGCAUCAAACAAUGCGCUAGCCAUAUCCUACUCGCAAUGGUAAACUAAUUUCUGUGAAUAUUAUCCAUUUAUAUGUUAAUAAAUUAUAUGAUAAAAUUA